CAUCACAUCCGGUCUUGACCUAGCCCGCUCUGCUCGCGCCUCUCUGCUCGCAGUUACCCAUCAAUCCAACCGACUGCCACUUGCAUUUGGGUAGCAAAAGCCCCGUCGCCGCUGCCGCUGCGACUCGUGCCGCUACUUGGCUUUUGCUGCAGCCCUGCCUCUGCGCUUGCCUUGACCCCUUCCCUCCACCACCACCGCCAACAUGUCGGGCAAAGAAUUGCCUCGCCCCGUUUACAUGCGCACAUCCUUUGAGGCGCCAGACUCACCCCUGACAGCCUCACGUUUCGGCCACCUUGGUGCUCACAGCACCCCAGGCCGCACCCCUACCCGGAACUAUGGCCAGCGACGUACCCCUGGCUCAGCCUUUUCUGAUGCAAGUGACAACUCUGGCCUUACCCCGGGCAAGAUGCGCGCUCCCAGCCUCUUGCAAAACUUUUCGAACGCCGAUUUUGAGCUCGAGGCCCAGGGCAUCACCGAUGCCGUCGAUGCCAUGUCUCCCCCUGAUCUCCGCGGCCUCAACAUGCACGGCUCGGCGCUGAACGACUCUGGUCUGGGUAUGAGCAUGUUCUCCCCGUUAAGCAAGACGGAUGGCCUGGGUUGCUUGACCGGUGCCUCGCCAUGCGUGCAACGGCAAAACGAGGUCCUUGACAUUCAAUCCCAUGGCACAAUUCGGCAACGCCGUCGCAUGAACCUUGGGCGCUCUCCUCCCCGCAUUGAGCCCUUUGAACUCGUUGCCAAGCAAGAUGAAAAAACCGAACUUCGCGCCACCUCACCAACCGUUCGCCGCACCAAGACCUCCAAACGCCGCUUGCUGACGGAAGCCAGCCAAGCUCAAUCAGAGCAAGUUGAGAUCGAGCACAGCAGCGGCCCCUCCCCGGCAGCAACGGACGUCAUCACGCCACCGUACACGACCACUUCUCCGCCAAUGACUCAGCUCCUCGAGCAGUCCCAAGCCCUGCCAGAGUCACACGCACACGUGCAACAACAUCAUCACCAGCAAACUGUGGCACAGCGGCAGUCACACCAGCCCCACCAACACAUGGUCGCAGCUACCACCACCGCCGCACCUGCCACAAGCGCCGGCAUGGCGGCGGCAACCACAUAUGCCUAUGGGUCCCAUCCCCAUGCAAUGACAGCUCUCCCACCUCGAGCAGACAAUUUUGCCGCUCGGUGGUUCGACGGUGAUCCACGAAACAAGCGCGAGAAGAAAAUGACGGCACACUCACAUGCCAAAAAAGGCUCAGCCAGCAAGCGCGGCGAGUACAAGUGUGGCAAAUGCGGCUUUUACCCCAAGAAGCAAAAGCACAACUGCGAUGAGGAGAAGCGCCGGCGCCAAUCCGAUGGUCGUAACAAGAGCCUGCCCAAAGCUGCCGCGGGCCCGCUUCCCAUGCCCAACUUGGCCACAGCCAACCAAGUUCAAAACGCGCUCUUGAACCCCGUCAGCACUCCCAAAAUUGCCCUGGGCGGUGACCCCAUGAUGACCCCUGGGGCAUGGUAG